UCUAAAAUAAAAUGGUGCAGAAAAUUAGCAUUUCUCAAAAUAUUUUGCCUAAUUGUGGAGAGAAUUGGGCGGUGGGUAGUGGAGUCCAUUGUACUGGAACACAGCAAGCUAUGGCUGUCCUCGUUAAUUCUCCCCUGCCACAACCAUGCACUCAGUGCUUGAAAUCGAAGCAAGAAGUUAGGUUAUUGUCACGUGGGCCAACCAUUGGAGGAACCACCAGAAGCAUGAGGGGUUUUAAUUCCCAUGGAACUCUGAAAAGGAAUGGAAAUGGGGUUAAAGCGUUUUUCUUUAAUCCUGCACAAGACCCCAUCGUCAAAGAAGCCCUCAAGGAACCAGUGGCAUUCUUUGGUGGAAUGUUUGCGGGUAUUUUAAGGCUUGAUUUGAACGAGGAGCCUCUCAAGGAAUGGGUUACUAGGACUGUGGAAGGUGCAGGUAUUACCGAAGAAGAAACCAAUACAGAAGAGUCAGCAAAUGAGGCAGCUCCACAAGAGAUUCAGAUUGAAUAACAAUUGCAAUUGAUUUAUCUGCAUACAUGUUUUAAGAAACUAGCAUAGGAUUAGCUUGCUGACAGAGCAAUAAAAAUUGGUUCAAUUGGUUAUGAAUUAUAAUUUUUGGACUACAUAUGCGAAAUGAAGAACUUCGUUCCUAUCUAUGCUGAAGGUGUAUUUUAUAACAAAGAAUUCUG